GUGAGUCCUUGUUUCCAUUCGUCCUCCGUCUGGUAUGAACUCAGACCAGAGAGCAGAAGAAGAACGGAGAAACCAGGAGAAACUUCACAAAGAGGAAGAAAUAGAACAGAGGAAGGAGAGUGAAAAAGCAUCAUCAUCAUCAUCGUCAUCAUCAUCAGUCAUCAGGGCUAGACCAUUCCGAGCCCAGGACCUUCAUCAUGACAGAGUGACAGACAGGAUCAUUGGCCAGGAUGGUGACCAUCAGACAAAGAACAGGAAGUUUGUACAUGCUCCACUUCCUGUUGGGUGUGUUCCUACUUUGUCCUGAAGGGGGCGUAUCUCUGGAACUUCAGCCAUCAUCCUCCCAAGUGCUACUCCACACGAACUCCAACUUCUCUGUGGUGUGCUCUGGAUGGAGUCAUGUGACAUGGCGGCUUCCUCAGGACUUGCAAGUGGACGGUGUCUUUGUGGAUAACCAGGGUUCCAGUAGUGUUCUGCAGCUCUUUAAUGCCACCUGGAGGAAUUCUGGGAGAUACACAUGUGAGGAGGCAUCAACAUCUCAGAGCAGAGACAUUGAUAUCUUCAUACCUGGGCAAGGUGUGGAGGAAUGGUUCGUCCCCCUGGGUCCAGGUGUGGUGAUGAAGGAGUCUGAGGAAGACACCAUCCCUUGCGUGGUGUCUGACCCAAGGCUUAACGUUUCACUGUUCCAGCGACCCGGCAGGAUGCUUGUUACUGGGAUGACGUAUGAGCCAGGCCGUGGUUUCACAGGUCGUCUGAAUGACACGUCGUACAUGUGCUUGGCCUCCAGUGGAGACCAGAAGAAGGAGUCUCAGGUGUACCAUGUGUUCAGCAUCAUAGUACCUCAGCAGAUGGAGGUGGAGCUGGCAGCAUCUGGCGUGGUCUUGAAGAAGGGGGAGGAGCUGAUAGUGAAUUGCACCGUCAGAGACACAGAGCUAGUCUUCUUCUCCUGGGACUUCCCUCGCAGACAGGAAUUUGAGCCUCUCACAGAAUUUCUGCCUAAUCGGAUUCGUUCCGUCGUCAACAUCUCUACAGCAGCAGUGGAGGAUUCUGGUGUGUACAUGUGUGCAGUUCAAGAGACGACACAGGAAACAACUGUGAGGAAAAACAUCACUGUGACAGUUCUGGAACGGGGUUAUGUCUACCUGUGGCCCUCUACCGAGACCAACUUGUCAUCCCUCCUUCAUCACUCAGUGGAGUUCAGUGUGGAGAUCGACGCCCAUCCUGCCCCAUCAGUCCUCUGGACCAAUGAAAACCAGACCAUAGCCAUGGAAACCAAUUCUAUGACAACCACACACCUGAAAGGAAGCAGGUACAUCAGUACGCUGACGCUGGUUCGUGUUCAGAUGGAUCAGACAGGAAAUUACACGGUUACAGUUUCCAAUGACGAUGACAUCCAGGAGGUUGUGUUCAGCCUGGAGGUCAAAGCGCCACCAAGGAUCACAUCUCUGUCAGAGUUCAGUGGUAAAUCUGUGGUGUGCGUCAGUGUGGGAGCUCCGCCCCCCUCCAUCAGCUGGUACACCUGUCACAGCUCUCACAGGUGCACGAAUACAACAGGAGGCUGGAGGAGUGUGUCAUCAGAGGGUGGAGCUCUGCACGAGAACAUUACUCAGGUGGAGGGGAAGGGUGUCACUCAGGUACAGAGCAUUCUGACUCUGCAGAGCAUCGCAUCUCUGUCAGCUGUUCGCUGUGAAGCUAAGAACUCAGCAGGACGGAGAGCAAGAGAUCUGAGGAUCGUCUCCGCCUCUCUGCUCUCUCAGGUUGCCGUGUUGGCAGCUGUUUUGGUUCUGGUCAUCUUGGCGAUCAUCUUCCUCAUCAUUCUCAUCAUCGUCUGGAGAAAAAAACCUCGUUAUGAAGUUCGUUGGAGGGUGAUCGAGUCGGUGAGUCCUGAUGGUCAGCAGUACACGUACCUGGACCCCACCCAUCUACCCUACAACUCUGCCUGGGAGAUCCCCCGAGACCACGUCGUUCUUGGUCAGGUGUUGGGUUCAGGUGCAUUUGGUCGUGUCGUUGAGGCGAACGUCUCUGGUCUGGUUCACUCUCAUUCUUCGACUAAAGUGGCGGUGAAGAUGGUCAAACCCAGUAGUGGUUCUGUUCAGUCUCUGAUGUCAGAGUUGAAGGUUCUGGUUCAUCUUGGUCCUCACCUAAAUGUCGUCAACUUGCUUGGAGCCUGCACACGAGGAGGCCCCCUCUAUCUGAUCACUGAGUUCUGUCGCCAUGGUGACCUGGUAAACUACCUGCAGAGGAACAAACACACCUUUCUCCAGAGAGACACUCACACCAAGAGCGACAGUGAUGGUGGUUAUAUGGACAUGACCAAAGAGGAGACUGAUCAGUACGUGGCCAUGAAGGAGCUAAGCUAUGCCGACAUCCAACCAGCCGCCGUCUACGAGACACCGUACACACCACCAGAUCAGCAGGAGGCGCCGCUGGUCCUCUCGGACUCCCCUCUCCUCAGCCUCCCCGACCUCCUCAGUUUCUCCUUCCAGACCGCUAAGGCCAUGGACUUCCUGUCAUCCAGAAACUGCAUUCACAGGGACCUGGCAGCAAGGAAUGUCUUAGUGUGCGAGGGGAAGCUGUUGAAGGUGUGUGACUUUGGUUUGGCUCGAGAUCUGAAAAAGGAGAGCGACUACAUCGCACGAGGAAAUAGCUUCCUGCCGGUGAAGUGGAUGUCUCCUGAGAGUAUCUUCCAGAACAUCUACAGCUCUCAGAGUGAUGUCUGGUCCUAUGGAGUCCUGCUGUGGGAGAUCUUCUCUCUGGGUACUAGUCCAUACCCUGACCUCCCGAUGACUCAGGAGUUUUUCUCUUCCCUGAAGAGAGGAUACAGGAUGAGUCGCCCUGACCAUGCCCCUCAGGACAUCUUUGACCUGAUGAAACUUUGUUGGGAGGAGAAACCUGAAGAUAGACCAUCUUUCUCCUCAUUGGUCGUCUCUGUGGGAUACAUGCUAAAUGACGAUUACAAAAAGCGGUACGAUCAGCUGACUGACAUCUUCCUGAGCAGUGACAGUCCGGCUGUUGUUCGAUCCAGAAUGAGUUCAUCUAGAUCUGCUCCGAUAAACACAGACGGAGGCUCCACCCCUACUGUAAAUGUUCCUAACCUGGAAGCGGAGCCAGUGGAGGCUGGCCCCUCCCAUGGCACUUACAUCAUACCCAUUAGUGAUAUCACCAUAGAGACCAGCGGGGGCGCUGUGCUGGACGCAGACAGCCCCGUGAUCUCAGAGUCUCAGGAUUGCCCACAAACAGAGAUGUCAUCAGAGACCAGACAGGAAGCUGAGCCAUCCUCUUCCUCCUGCAGGCAUGAUGAAGAUGAGGAGAGCUGUCUUUAGACUGCCUUCCAGGCAAAGCUGAGGGUUAAAUUAACCCACAGACAGAUGGACAUUCAGUAAUAAAAACACAACUGACAUCAGCAGAAAGGACAUGUUUGAUGGGUUAUUCUGCCCUCCGUUUAGACUGACAGGCUGAUGAAUGAACAGUUCUGUUUAUUUUUUUUAUAGACCAGGUGAUUUUUAGAGUGCAGCGGGUCCUGAUUCAUAUGUAGAGCUUCAUCAUAUCCAGCUUCAUCAUGUAGCGUUAAUCUGAUUUUUGUGUAAAUCAGUUUGAUAUGAAUGUUUCUUAUUAAUGUUUCUUAUCUGCUUUAUGAUUAUUCACCCAGCUUUAACUCUUUAAUA